AUGGUAGAUGCCAUGAUGUUAGCAGCGGUCAAGGAUCUCCCUGUCAAUUCAAUUGUUGCUAAGCCAUCCAGCGAGGAAGUGGCCGUUCCUGAAGUGCUAAUCCCAACGAAAGUUUGCAGCUCAGCGAUUGUCAAUGGGAUGGCAUCGGCACGCUCGUGUCCGGCGCAAAACAACAUUGUCGUCCGGUACAAUUUUGCGACCGUCCGGUACAACUUUGUGAGUGUUCGGUGCAACUUUGUGAGUGUCCGGUACAACUUUGUGAGUGUCCGGUACAACUUUGUGAGAGUCCGGUGCAACUUUGUGAGCGUCCGGUGCAAUUUGUGA